AAUAAAAGGAUAAUUAAUCCUUUUGUAGCAACAUUUAAUAAACAUCGUAGUAGAUUUACUAGUAGAACUUUAUACUUCUUUUUUUAUAUCUAUACAUUUAUUAAAAAUCAUUAUUUAUACAAUGUAUGAUAAGAUUUAAACAAAAGUUCCAAUAAAUCUGAGUACAAGCAUUACUCAUCAUACGCCAAUGCGCAUGUGCUCUCCAUAUAUGUAAACAUUAAUCAAUUAAAAAUUUUCAUGCAUUUUUAACUAUAUUAUAUAAUUAUUUGUUAAAUAUAUAAUAAUGAACGGUAACCCUCUAGGUAUAUCUCUUAAUUUUUGAAGCAAAAUGUGGAUAACAUACAGUGCAGCUAUAGCUUCCAUUUCUCAAAGAUUUAAAAAUUAAGCUUAUGAUGGUACACGGAAGAUGGCGUUGCGAGUAUUCUUUGAGAAAUAUGUCUUUAAUUUAACAGUCACUUAUAAUUAAAAUUUAAAUAAAUUGAAGCGGUCAACAUUUUGCCAGCAAUAUAAGUAACAAAAUAACUAUUGUUUUCUUUACAAAUCAUUUAUUUAAAACAAUAGACAUUUGAUAAGAAAACUCAAAGAAAAAAUCAAGGUCUUACACGCGAUGUGGUCCGCCUUCGACCCUGUGUUGCUUUUGUUUGGAGAACGGAUCGAGAACAAGGUCACACAGGUAAAAUGGCAGCCAGAGUACAGAGAUCGGUUGGGGCUUGACGAUAACCUCGCGUCGUGACGCGUAUCGUUCAAUUUCUUUACGCGAAUAAACGUCGACUAAGUGAUAUAAGUUAAUACAACGACGAUAGGACAAGUGAAAAUGAUCGAUAGUUAGUAUAGAUAGGAGUCAUUUAUUUUCGUUACGAUCAUAGAGAUAGAUCUUCUCGAUCGAUUUGGUAAGUCAAUAACGUUCCGGUAUAUUCUUGAUCCACGUGAAUCCACGCAUACAUAUACGUAUACGUAAACGCAUACACAUAGGCGCACAUAUAUAGAAAGGAUCAAAAAUGUUUAAUUAUCCCGCCUUUGAAAACUUUCAAAUUUUAGUCGCGCCAUAUAGGUGUAAUUGUGCGGUAUGAUAAUCGCAAGAGGCGUCGCAUUCAACCACUUGCGAUCUGAUAAAAGAGUUGUAAUACAUUUUUUUUUGACAAUCUACGUAUUCUAUAUCAGACGACAAUUCUGAUAAAGGCUCUAGUUUCUACCAGAUCGUUUGGGCGAAGCCUCAUUGACAGCAACAAUGAAAAUGGAGGCGGAGCAUAGAUUGGAACAGUUAAAAAAGGCAACGGACAGAAUACAAAAGGAGAUCGAAGAGGUCACGGAGAGGGAGCACGAGCUACGAAACGUGGGUAGCAUUAAAACCACGUCGCACGAGACGGUGGAUUCCAAGGUGAGACGCAUGCCGCAAGCUUUGGCAUCGAGUAAAUUAAAGAGGGCAACGUCAACGCCACAAAUUCUCGAAGCUGUUAGUCUUGUCCCUUCGACGCAAUCUACUCUACCAAAAAUGACGAACGGUGUAACAUCUUCUAAUACAACAGCAAGACCUUUACGUUUUGCUACAGCACCUAGCCAGAAAGGAUUGAUGCAUAGGUUCUUAGCAACUAGGGGAAAGAUUUAUAAGUCUAAUACAACACCUAAUGAUCUUAUAACUUCGUCUACCACUCUACCUACCAUUGCACUUAAUCCUAUAAGUGUAAAAGCAUUUAAUCGCAGUUUGAAGAUACAACUUGAACCAGAUGAUGAACCUAAAAAACCUCCUGUUAGGAAGGGUUACGUACCUGUUGAAGAAAAAAUUCAAAAAGAAUUACACGAGAUGAAGGAACGAGAAAAUGAGCUUAGAUUAAUGCGUUCUCAAAUGCUAGCAAAAUCUCAACCAAAUCUCUUAGAUAUCGGUAACGACAAUGAUUCCGAUAUUUACGAUGGCACCGGUUCCUUAAGAAGCGGAGCAUCAUCUAAUACGUUAAACGAAGAUGAAAUAGAAAAAGAAAGUAAAGGCAAACAUAAGCCGAAUCCACGACGUCGAAGUACUCUCAUCGCUCAAUGGGAAAAUCUUAUAGCAGCGAAAAAAGAAUCCAAUGAAAAUAAUCAUGAAAACGAUAGUGUUUUUUGAGAAAAGGUUUAUCGUUAAUUUUUAUCGAAAUUUUUUUUCUGUCCAAUUUGUUACGUACGUUUGAUAAAUCUAUUAUUUAAUCUCUCUUUAUAUAUAUAUAUAUUUCUAGGUGCGUAAAAUUUAUAUAUAUA